AUGCGUCAACCUUAUUUGUACCACUACCAUUGCAAGGGUCUAGGCAAAAAAGAAGAUGGAAUUGCCGCUCCCGUCCGUGCAAGUCUGAAAUUUGACCAAACUGGUGUUGGUUAUGACACAGCUAAUGCGGAGUCGUAUGGUGAUAAAUGGUGGACUCGUACUUACAACGAUGCUGCCAACGGAAUAGAUGUCAAAAAUAAAAAAAUUAAAAUCGAGGAGGUUAAAUCAAUUUUAGAGUUAUCAGAUGAACAGUUAUUCCAAGCUUGUGGUGGGAUUACUUGUCAUAAAGCCGCUAGGCAUGGAUUAAAUAUGGAUGGAAAGUUGGCUAGAUUACGUAAACAGGAUGCACAAUUAUUGGCCGCUAAUAAAAUAAAAGAAGAAACCAGUGGCGCGGAGAAUAAAAAUUAA